AGAUUCUUUUGCGCUUCAUUUAAAUUCAUAAGAAGACAACAUUAGACAAAAAAUUAUUUGUUUGUUUAUAAGGCUUUGUUUGUUUAUAUGGCUUUGUUGUUUUCAGUGUUGUGUGCUUCGGGUAUUUCAAUAGAUCACAGUUCAUUCAUACCAAUCCUAUUUCAAGAAUAAUAACUAACCGGUGACCUUGUAUGUAUGGUAGCAUUUAGACAAAUUAGAUUCAAAUCUUAUUCCUGAAGCCUUCAGGAAUAUCAGAGGGAACUUUAUGCCAAUUAGGCUCGAAUUUAGCAUCACUCUUCUGACAUUUCCAAUCUUCUCGCUUUCGGUUCUUGUUUACUUCUUCCAUUUCUCAAUUCCACAUGGCGCUCCAUAAUAAGGAUGAAACUUCAUAGAGUUCUUAUUAUUUUUCGUGGCCAACGGUGAGUGGAUUAGUCACUAUUACUGUUGUCGGCGGUGGAUACCCUAGUAUAAAAAAAUGAACGAGAACAAGAUUGAUUUUGUGGGACGGAUUCAACCAAGCCCUGGUGAUUUCAAUUCUGAGUUUGGCAAUUAUUUUUGCCAAUAUUUUGAUGUGAGACAGGGUUUGAAUAUGGGGACUUGUGGUGGAGGAGUGGAACAACCACCAUACAUAGGCCAAGCUAGAUCAUCUAAUAACACCAUUAUCAGUCGUUUUGAGUCACCAGCUUCUGCGUUUUAUGCAACAGAAAUCUACAUGGGUUUCCCUCAAUAUGAUUGCCAAAUUGGUAAUGGUAAUGGUAGUGGUAAUCCCUCUUUGAUAACUCAAUCUAAGACUCAUGAUUUGGAAUUCCCUUUGUAUCAAAAUCCCAAGGAAACCCUUUUCCUUGAUUCACCAAACCAAUCUGGCCCCAAUUUUGAGUUGUCAAAUCCUUUGCAAUCUCAAUUGAAUAGUGAUCAGUGUUGUGGAUCUCCUGAAAAUUCUAAUAAAAUCCCAUGUGGGACUUUCCCUGGAGACAAUUUUCUUCCAAUUGAACAACACAAGUUGUUCAUUGAUGAUGCUGUCUCAGUUUACAGGAGCCAAUCCAAUGUUUCUAAAGGAAACCAGGACAACAACAUGGGUCCAUAUAAUUUACCUCAAACACAGAUCAAGUUCUCUUCUCAUCCGCAAGACAAGUUGUCUCCAACACUCUCAGCAGGAAGUGUCUCAACUAUAACUGGAAACCCUGCUUGUAGUGGACCUGCUGUUUCGAGCAAAACGCGUAUAAGAUGGACUCAGGAUCUUCAUGAGAAGUUUGUUGCAUGUGUGAAUAGCCUUGGAGGUGCUGAGAAGGCAACACCAAAAGCUAUAUUAAGGCUGAUGGAAUCAGAUGGAUUGACCAUCUUCCAUGUUAAGAGUCAUUUGCAGAAAUAUAGGACUGCAAAAUACAUGCCAGAGGCAGCUCAAGGGAAAUCUGACAACAAAAGAACCCAUGUAGAGAAUGUGCAUCUUGAUGUCAAAACUGGCUUGCAAAUCAGAGAAGCACUUCAGCUGCAGCUAGAUGUUCAGCGGCACCUUCAUGAACAGCUAGAGAUUCAGAGAAAAUUACAAAUGCGGAUUGAAGAACAAGGUAAGCAACUGAAGAUGAUGUUUGACCAACAGCAGAAGACAAGUAAUAGCAUCUUGAACACUCGUAAUUUGAGCAAUACAGACAAUAAUGAUAAACCAAUAAGUCCUAAAGAUGUUGAGGUUUCCAUUUCUGAAGGGUCUGAGAAAUCCUUCUUCCACUCCAAGAUCAGUUAGUUCUCAAAGCUCACAAUUUGAUGGGUCUAUACAUAAGGAAUGAAUUGCUGUAACACAGUCAAACCACACCAUACAAUUUUGUUAUGGGCUUUAAAGCACUCUUAUUACACUUCAAGUGGAAACUCAGUGAAUAAGUACAUAUAAAAUGAGUGUACUAGUUUUGCAUUACUUGAAAAACACAUCAUUAUUGGUUAAUUGUAAUUUUCAUAUAGAGGGCUUUUGUAUCAGUUCAGGACA